AUCGUGUUGCCCAUGUUCCGUUUAUGUUAGUGAUAUGUCCUCGGUAUGUACUUAUUAAAUCCUGCCGAUAAGCAUGUUGGGGUUUGUGUUACGAUUAGACACCUUUCCAUAACGGGAAAUUAUCAGGGCUAAGUAUAGUGAGCAUCUAUGUUCCAAACUCUACUUGCUGCACUUCCGUUAGCUUUACUUCCUCUUUGUGUUGGACCGUUUACCACGCAGAUGAGAUGGCAGUGUAAAACCUGCGGAUUCAGAGCAACGACAAGGGGUGAUCUUCUGACCCAUUACAGACUACAGCACAGGACAUUUGAAACUGGAAAUUCGGCCACGUGACAUGGAUUCAUCAAUGCUCCGGGUGAUCUUUGGACACAGGAUUGAGAAACUGACUCUUCUGUCUGGAAUACCGGAUACUGUUGAGGAGCUGAAUUUGGCCGUCAAGCAGACAUUAGACAUCAACGAUGACUUCAGCCUGCAGUAUUUAGAUCCAGAUUUUGAUGACUUUUUUACUCUCCACUCCACUGGUCAAAUUAAACACAAAGCCACAAUUAAGGUUGUGACAAUCGAACCAGUAAUUCUCAAUUUGUAUCCAGUACCACACAAUGAAAGCUGCAACGCAAGUGUGACCUCAGAGCAAUCCUUUACUCCAGCCUCCACAAGUUCCACUGCACAGGACUCCCCUGACUCAUGUGAUUCUUGUGCAAGCACAAUCAUCCUGUCACCAAACAGAAGCCCACAAAGGAAGCCAUGGCCAGCUGAAUUCAUCAUUCCACACUUCUCUGUUGAAACUGAAGUUGUUCUUGAAAGAGCCAAUGAAGUUUACAAAAAAGAUGGCACACUGCUGACCUAUCCAAACAUCAAGUCAGACAUACUUGAAAAGCUAGCUCAGUCUAUUUAUACAUAUACUGCCUAUCAAUCAUCCCUGCAAGUUCUAUCUAUUGCUGAAGCACUUAUUAAGGCCCACCCAUGUCUGAAGGAUCCGGGGAGCUCUUCAGGUCUCAGUGGAUGGCAGACUAGCAUUAAAUACAAAAUGGCUAACUACAGAACAAAGCUAAGAGGCUAUGGUAUGCCAGAUGUUACAUGCAAUUCUCUGAAACAUAAAUGCCCUGAUGACAGAAAGUCUGCUAAAAAUGUUAAAAAGGCAAGAAGAGCUGAGGUCAAUUACCUCCCACCCUACCCAGCAGGUGAAGAUGAGCACAGCUUGGAACAAGCAAGGGAAGACCUAGUCACUGAGUCAAAGAAGAAGAACAACGAAAAGAUAGUCACUGAUAAAAUGAGCAAAACAUUUGCCCUCAGACGACAUGAAGUCAUCAAUCAAUGUCCAAGUGUUCAAACCAUGAAGGACCGCUGGCCUGCCCUGUUUAAUUGUUCUCAAAUCAGUGCUGAAUUUCAGAGAAUAACCACUGUGCAACUGGAACCCAAAUUUAUGUCUGGGUUGGACCUUCACACUCCCAAGCUACUGAAGCUGUUUCAUGCUAAAGGUGGAGCACUUGGACAAAGACUGAAGAUCAUAAUGGAACCACUGGAGAACUCCACGUGCCCUACGGUUGAGACGGCCAGAGAGGUUGUCCUUCGGUGCCUUAUAGAAUAA